AUGACGGCGGACAGGGUUCGGAGUGGUAGCGCGAGUCGCGCCCUCAACGGGAUGGGACUUCCAGCGAGCAGCACAGUCGCAGCGGCCCCGCAGCCACAGCAAGGGUCGCUUGCAGCGAUGUCUGUCCUGCCGCGUACAGGCAGCAGUUCUCAGCAGCAGAUGAGGCUGGAGGCGACAAGUCGCGACGGGGCACCGGCACAUGGCGUGCUGCUGGGCAGCCUCACAGAGUACAGGCCGGGAUCUGCAGUCGCCUACGCGAACUGGGCUGCGGCAGCGCGGGCGUCCACCGGAGCCAGCGCUGCAGUGCCCUACCCCUCCACCGCCGCUGUCCCUGCGCUACGCGCCAGUAGCAGCCGCGACCACAGCGCUGGUUCUCCGCCGGAGGCUCUGUCACUCUCUGCGCAGGGAAGUUCUGAGAACCUCUUCGAGCACAACGCACCCGGAGCUCGUCAGGGCGGCGUGCAAGGCAGCGGUGCGCCGCCUCUGGCGCCGUUCCAGCAUCGCACCUCACUCGACGCCGGCCUGCAGGGUGGCGACGUCAUCGCCUCCCAGGGCCUUCGCGGUAGCAAGCACUCGAUAGCGGUGCUGAAGGUGACGCCCGGCGGUAGGGUGCAGGAGUGCACGCGGCCACCGACAUCCGACUCCACCUUCCAAGCAGACGGCGGCUGGAGCACGCCGGGGGUGCAUGCGGCACCGGUGCAGCCCCCGCGCAGGACAUCAUUCAACCAGGUAGGCAGCACCACCCAGCUUGACUCAGCCAGCGCAGGCGUGCAGGUGGAAAGGAUCGCCCCCGUCAGCGAGACCUCCUUGUCAACCAUGUCCAGGGCCCACGUGGCGAUGCCGCAGGCGGUGGCCGCUGACGGAGUUCGACAGCGGCCGCCGCGACGUAGCUCCACCUCCUCCAGCGCGGCUAUUGUCCAGUCAUCGCCCUGCGUAGCAGCCACCACGGCUGCGCCGGUGGCUGCGGCCAAGUCGACUCAGCCCGCGACUUUUCCUAUGCCGUCCUCGACGACGACCUCGUCGCCGGCCGCCUCCACGCAACACACCGGCUCCCGGUUGUCGUGCCAGUCCUCGCACGGGCCCCCUCGUAGCACGCACAGCCCUGAACGGUCAACGACGGCGUUGACAGCAGUGAGUACCGAUGCCGCGCUGCACCAUCGCCCCUCGUGCAAUGGCGCGGUGCGCGAGGCCGGGGAGCCGCUCCUCAUCGGGUCCUCCACCCUGCAGGUGUCGACGACCACUCUCACAAAAACAACGAAGAAGGUGCGCUACCGGCUCCCGGACGAGCCCUUCGACCCCGACGCGCCGGACCCGUCCGACAUUGGCGGCCUGAGGGCAGAGGAAGAGGCAGCGCUGCUGGACCCGGUGAGCUACACCCGCGCCGUGGAUGAGGUGGCUGGCCGCUACCCGAUGCUGCUGCGCCGACCGAGCGCGCAGGGCGGUGAUGCGCUGCGUGGCCGCCGCGGCUCCGCAAGCAGUCGGCUCGGCGAUGGUGCGCCGCGCCCAACGUUCCUCCUCGAUGACGGCAACCGCUGGGCGCGCGCGACGAACCGACCUACCGUGGCGACGACGCGCGACCCGUCCGGGACGGCGACGACGCAACUGCCUGCCCCGCGUAUCCUGCAGAAGACCGGUGUGGCAGGCAAAACUGCGGUCCCCGACACGAACAGUGGGCCCUUCCCUGCUCACCAACGUGUCGCAGCUGACGGCAAUACGGCGCAGGCGUCCAACGGGGAGGAGGCGGGCGGCCACUUGCUCCAGCGCCACGUCCAGCAGAUAGCAACAGGCAAGCAGCUCGUCAAGGGCACUGCCUUUGAGCCGCCUUCGAUAGGAAAGCAGCAUACGGUGCGGUGCCGACGAGCGCAAGACGAGGAUCGCAUGAACGCAGCUGCCGCUGCACAAUCCGCUCUCAAGGACAAGGGCAGCAGUGCAGGUGCCGCUCCACCAGAGUCGCGGCGCCGGCGGAGCGGCAAUCUGGAAGGUCUCUAUGCUGAGAUACUGCGGCGAACUCAGCAGAACCGCCGCACCAUGUUGCCUACCACCAUCCCGCCAGCCGCUGUCCCACCGCAGGCGCUGCCUCUCCAACCACCAGGGGCGGCAGUAAGAGCAGCGCGGCCGACCACGGAGCGUCGCAGCGGACGGCCGCACCUGUCCUCCGCAGAGCCGGCACCAUCCCAGCGCGGCUCCGGUGUUAACCCUGGCGUCGCGCCGCGCCUGCCCCACACCGCGCCACAGCCGUGGUCGUCCUCGCAGCCGUGCAUCCCCAUCUCCCAUGAAGAGACGCUAAGCGACAGCGAGAUGAGCAAUCGCAACGGGUACCGCACACCCCUCAUGUACUCAGCGCCACAGCGCGAGCAGCAGGCACCGACGCCGCUGGCCAGGGCAGGAGCCACGGCCACUGGUGGCGCAGGGCCUCGCCUCUCCAACUCCGUUCUUCACCCUAGCCCCGGUGUUCCACAGCCGUACCAGCAGCAGGUUGUGCCGCCGAGACUGUCAUUUUCUCUGACGCGUGGUCCCCCUCCGUUGGCGGGAGGAGGGCGGCCGGUAGAGCCGAACCAGCACCUCGACAGCGCAUCACCGCGUCCACAGCAGCAGCAGCAGCAGCAGCAAUGCCCUUCCCCACACGUAAGGCCAGGCUACGGUGUGGCGGCGGCGGCGUUGAGCACCGGUAGUCACAUGCCUGAGUACACGUCUGGUCGCUCUGGCAAGUACACGAGUGCCGUCUUCGCACCGCCACCGCCACCGGCUAGCGAGCUGGACCACCUUCGCCGCAGCAGCGGCGGAAAGCCGUGCGACUGCGUCUCCGGCUCACAUGCGCCUCCCCCACCACCAGCGCGAGCGCAGCCCUCUCAGCAUCCACUCUCCUCGUCUUCCUAUGGGAGCAGCGCCUAUCGGCGCGAUGACGAAGACGGCGAGGGGUACAAUGCUGCACCGUUCGACUCGCACUACCCUGCGGACGAGGCACACGCCGCUGGCACACACGCGACGAGUGUCACAGUGACCGCUGUCGGUAGGAACAGCGCCGGGGCGCCGGAGCAGCACAGCUGUGCCACGCAUGUGCACGGAGCGCCACAGGUGAACAACGGCACCGGCUCGUCGUCCCAGCAACGAAGUCGCUCGUGGCAGCACGCUGAAGUAAACCUGCCGCAGCGCACGGCAGCCGUGCACAAGGAGAACCUGCGGGCUGAGGGGAUGGAGCGGCCGCACGACGAAGGCCGCUCUCAUCAUCGAACGCACGGCUCGGCGCUGCCGCCGCCGCCCCACCCACCUCCAACCACCUCCGCUGCCGCAUCCUCCUCCACUGCACAGCGCACGGCAGCAGGUGCUUCCGGCCACUUGCGCUAUGGCAGCAGCAGCAACGCAGUCCACUCCACUACACUGCGGACGCCAUCUGCGGUGGCCAACGCGCCAACACCGACCUCCCACGCGGCCUUCGUCACCUCACAGGCGGAGUACAACGAAGCCCUCAUGAGCACCAGCUCGUGUACCACGGACACGCAGCCGGUCGCCGUGUCGGAGUGCGGCGAGGACGAGAUGAUCACUGACGAGGACGACGGCCUCGUGAAGAAAGGUCCCCCAGUGCUGGUCCUCGGAGAUGAGGUGUUCACACCGGACGGCUACGAGUACGUGAAAGAGGGUGACGAGUACGCAGAGUACGACGAACAGUCCAACACAGAGAGCGAAGACAGCAGAGGCAACCACCAGGAGCUCGAGGAGGAGCGCUGA